GCUCGGAGGGCAGAGCCGGGCGCGCGCUCCUCCGGUGGUGGCAACGCCGGGCGCGGCCGCGGGGGGACCGGUGGCGACGGCGGGAGCCCGGGAAAGGCCCCCUCGCUCGCCUGGGUGUCUCGGGAGGACCCCCGUGUCCCAGGACCUUUGCGCGCAGCCAUGGGCAGCGUCGGGGAGCCUGGCGCGGGGCCGGGGGCGCGCGACGGGCCCGCGCAGCGUGGGGCGCCGCUGCGCACUUUUCGCUGGGAACAGAUCCGCCCGCACAACCUGCCGGGCGACAAGUGGCUGGUCAUCGAGCGCCGCGUCUACGACAUCAGCCGCUGGGCGCAGCGGCACCCGGGGGGCAGCCGCCUCAUCGGCCACCACGGCGCGGAGGACGCCACGGACGCCUUCCAUGCCUUCCACCAGGACCUCAGCUUCGUGCGCAAGUUCCUGCAGCCCCUGCUGAUCGGGGAGCUGGCCCCUGAGGAGCCUGGCCAGGACGGAGCCCAGAACGUCCAGCUGGUCGAGGACUUCCGCGCCCUGCGCCAGGCGGCCGAGGACAUGAAGCUGUUUGAGGCCCAGCCGGCUUUCUUCACGCUCCUGCUGGGCCACAUCCUCGCCAUGGAGCUGCUCGCCUGGCUCAUCGUCUACCUCCUGGGCCCCGGCUGGCUGCCCAGCACCCUCACCGCCCUCAUCCUGACCGUCUCCCAGGCCCAGAGCUGGUAUUUGCAGCACGACCUGGGCCACACGUCCGUUUUCCGGAAACCCCGGUGGAACCACGUGGCCCAGCAGUUUGUGAUGGGACAGCUGAAGGGCUUCUCCGCCCAUUGGUGGAACUUCCGCCACUUCCAGCACCACGCCAAGCCCAACGUCUCCCACAAAGACCCGGAUGUGACCUUGGCGCCCAUCUUCCUCUUGGGGGAGUCGUCUGUUGAGUACGGCAGGAAGAAGCGCAGAUACCUGCCCUACAACCACCAGCACCUGUACUUCUUCCUCAUCGGCCCGCCGCUGCUCACGCUGGUGAACUUCGAGGUGGAGAACCUGGCCUACAUGCUGGUGUGCCUGCAGUGGCAGGACCUGCUCUGGGCCGCCAGCUUCUACUGCCGCUUCUUCUGGUCCUACAUCCCCUUCUACAGCGUCUCCGGGGCCCUGCUCCUCUUCGUGGCUGUCAGGGUCCUGGAGAGCCACUGGUUCGUGUGGAUCACGCAGAUGAACCACAUCCCCAAGGAGAUUGGCCACGAGAAGCACCGCGACUGGGCCAGCUCGCAGCUGGCAGCCACCUGCAACGUGGAGUCGUCACCCUUCAUCGACUGGUUCAGCGGGCACCUCAACUUCCAGAUCGAGCACCACCUCUUCCCCACGAUGCCCAGGCACAACUACCACAGGAUCGCGCCGCUGGUCAAGGCGCUGUGUGCCAAGCACGGCCUCACGUACGAGGUGAAGCCAUUCCUCACCGCCCUCGUGGACAUCGUCAGCCUGCAGCCUCCCUGCCCAGCCUUCACUCGCGGGCCCCCUGCCCUGGGCCCAGGCCCCGUCCGAGGCUCCAGAUCCCUGGCUUCUAGGCCUGACAUCCCAGCAGGGGACCCAGAAAGCAAGCGCCUAAAAUAAGUCCCUGAAGAAGUCUGGCAACAUCUGGCUGAAAGCUUACCUCCAGCAGUGAAGGUGGCACCCAGGGCCCCACCACAGCCAGCUCAGGCAGGCUCCACCCGCCUCCUCCCGGUCCUGCCACCUUCCCCUCCGCCCUCUUGCCACCCUAAGGCCACAGCUCUGGGCCCAACAGGACAGGGGCGAGGGGGAUGGGACAUGAAGCCACAAGGUGAGCGUGACACGUUUUCCUGGAGCAAAAAUUUAGGCAGACUGUUAUUUUUAUAUAAAGACAAACCCAGAUCUAUGAUGGAAUAAAGUAUUGAACUUGCAUGAA